UUCGGCGUGGCGGCGGGCGGCGAAGCCCGUCGCCUUCGCAGCCGGGGUGAAGUGCGCGGGUCUGGCCGCAGCGUCCGGCGUUCUUGGCCGACGAGGGAAAAAUCCUCGCCGGGCCGGGGCUGCGGGCGGGACGGCCCUCCAGGCUCGUCAGUCAGGCGUCUGCGUGAGGCCGCGGGGCUUCCCCGCCGCUCGGGAGCCGCGGCCGGGCCUGUCAGCGGCGCGGCCCCUGCCCGCGGCGGCGGAGAGGCGCUGGGGCGUCCCGGUCUCCGGCGCGGGCAGCGAGCGGGGGGGUGGCUCCGGGCCGAGGUUUGCAAAGGCCGGCUGGGGACGAGCGUUGGCGCUCGGCAGACCCGCGGUGAUGUGCUGCGGACCGGCGACACCGAGGUGUUCUCGGUGGAGGGAACGUGUUCCUGUGGCCGCAGAAACUUGUGGAGGUACCGGCAGCAGUUAAGCGUGCCAGGAAGCGUUUUUUUAAAUGUAUUUUUUCCUAUCUCUUUUUUUUCCCCUUCUUUUUGUGGUUUUUACCAGUGCCCGUGGCAAUUACUUUUUUUGCCGCCACAACGUUAAGGUUUUUGCUCGAAAAAUAUAUGUUCUAUAAAGCAAUCUCUUGUGCCUUUCAAUCUACAGAACUUGUGGACAAAUGCAUAGGUCCACGCAUUCAUAUUGUGAUGAAGAGUGAAGAAAUUGUUGGAACACUUCUAGGAUUUGAUGACUUUGUCCAUAUGGUGUUAGAAGACGUUAUAGAAUUUGAGAUUCCAUCUGAGGGCAGAAGAAUCACAAAGCUAGACCAGAUUUUGCUAAAUGGAAAUAACAUAACAAUGGUGGUUCCUGGAGGAGAAGGACCUGAAGUAUAAAUUGAUACAGUUGUCAUCUGUGAAGACGUGUUUUUUAUAUAUAUAUGUGUGUGUGUGUGUGUGUGUGUGUAAUCUAAACAGAGCUUUUGGGGUAAUGGUGUGGGUGGGUUUUGGUGUGGGUUGUUUGUUUUGUUUACAGACUCUUGGAAUUGACAUUUGAUAAAAGAGAAGGAUUUCCCCUUCAGGAAAGGUGCAUCGCUAACGAUAAUGCUGAUUUUGUAAGUUGAAAUCAUUACUUUCUUGUAAAGAUGCACUAAUUUGUUCUGAAUAAAAGCCUUUCUUUUUGUUCUCUUUGUGUAUGUAAGUGCACGAGUGAGUUAGUUUUCCAACUGGUUGAUGGAGUGGAAGAAUAAUAGUUACGUUCCAGUUGCUGUCAGUCUUCAGUUUUUCUACAUCUAUUGCAUUUGUUUGUGGCCCAAGUCUAUAUAAAACCCAAAUCGUGAGCCAAGAGAUUGCUGUUCUUUGCAGUACAGGCAGAUACUAAGCUGGAUCGUUUGUUUAAACACUGCUUCAGGCUGUGUCACCAGAAACCGUGUGGUAGAGUGCUGUAGAAUUCUGAAAGCUCUUCAAAGUGGAUGCAUCUCUUUGAUGCUCAGCAGCCGUUGGUUCUGCUGGCCUUGAGUUCAGCACUCUUGGACUUGUUUUGCUUGGCAGAUGUACUUUCUUAUAGUAAAGGCAUUGUAGUGGUAUUUGGUGAGUGAGGACAGACAGACCAGACAUCAUUCAUGUCUGGGGGGCCGGGGUGGCAAGGUUGGUGUUCAAACUUCUCAUUCCUGUCAGCGGUGACUCCGCUUGCACCACUAAGUGGUGCUGUGUACAUUUACUUAAUUAAAUUGGGAGCUGCCUGUGCCUGCCUGCUUGUGUAGUUUGGAGUAGUCAUUUUAGAGAAAAUGUUCUUUUGGCUGCAUUUGUUCUCCUGUGAUACAAAAACUUGACAGCUAUAGGAGGCAACUACUACUUUAGGAGAAUUUCUAUAAAGUAAGAAAUUGCUGGUUUUAUUUUGUCAUGAUGGACAAAAAAAUAACCGAUUCUAAAUCAUGUCCACUGCAGCUUAUGCUUCCGUAACACACUACUCAACUGAUUUCUAUGUGUAAAUGUCUUUGGAGAGGAAUCACAGGUGCCUGCUGUUACUAUAGGGACAAGCAGUAUGGGCUCACAGGAACAGAACAUGCUUUGCCUUCCCAUCACCAGAAGAAGAAAGAAAGAGGUGAAAAAGGGUGCUCAGGAGCAAGAGGCUGCAAGGAAGUUGCUGUAUUUGAUCCUUUUGCCUUGCUUUAUCUGACAGAAAAGCUGCCUUCUGCUAGUUGGGUCUUGGCUUGAAAUACAAGGGGAAAGAGACUCCUGCCCCUCUCCCAGGGAGUGUGCUACUUUUGACUCACUUGUUCUGAUUAUGUGAUCUGCAAUUACAAUAUUUAGAUUGCAUGGUGACAAUCUAUACCACUGACUCCCUGAAUGGUUUUUCAUUUCUGUCCCCACUUCCUUCUCCAGCUUUUUUCAAUACAUCAAUUUAAAAAAAAAAAAAAAUUUUUUUUAACCUUACAUGAACAUCAUCUGUUGGCUUUGGCCCCAAACACUUUAUUUCCUAGAAAUAAGUUGAGUCUUUUCAUCAGAAUACUUAAAAGAUUUCUAGCCACUGUAGUACUAUUGUAUUGUUUUUUUUUUUUUAAUAAGUUUCUAUACAGGUUCCAGUGUGUGCACUAAAUUUCUGCUGCAGUAGAAGACAGUCUUAAGCUGAAGAGAGAUUUCAUGCUUGGGAUAGAAAAAGAGCAGAUCUUGACUCAAAAGUAACUUUUCAAAGGGAAAGGUAAACUCUUUUGUUUCUUUGGGGAUUUUUAUUCUGAUGGCACAAACAUCUUGUUCUCUCAGGAUUUUGUUAUCUCUGGAAAAAAACCUUGGUAUUGUGUCGCUUCCUCCUUCCCUGGUUGUGGAUUUUUCACUCCUUUCAGAGGAAGUGCUAAAACUAUUAUAUUUUAGGAAGACAUUUUAACUUAUGACUCGGAGGUCUGCAGACAUCACUGUAAAGACAGUUUCUGUGCAUCCAAAUGCUGUUAAUCUGUUAAAAUACGAAAUGAAAGAUGUGUAACUUGGAGCUGAGAAGUCAAAGUAUUCCAGAUGGGUCUGGUUUACUUUGCAUUCAGUAUUCCUGUAGCCUGUUGCUUUGGAAGUGCAGGUAAUAAACUUUUCAAUUGAAUAAACGAGUGGUAGUGUUUUUUGUUUUUCCUCCCCUAGAAAUGUAGUGCUUAAUCAUACUGCACUGUCCUGUAGAAGUUGUGGACACUGUGGUGUUCUCCAGAAUGCUACUUAGGCUGCCACUAUAAGUAGGUCAUUUAAAUAAUAACCUUAGACUUUAAAAAUACAUAAAAACUUAAUGAUGCUUAAAGUUUAGAGCAGAGUAGUCAUCAGGCUAAAAUAACUUCAUGCUUACGACAUGCACUGUGAUGGUUCCUUUCAGGUUUUUUGGUUGGUUUUUUUCUUCUUUAAGAUGGCGCUGGUUGCAGUGAUCUUCAGUUUUACGACACAGCUAACUGUCUUAGUAUGGAUAUGGUUCCUUUCUGCCUACUAUUUCAGUUUACUUGCAGACAUAGUUAAGAUAGCUCUUUGGAGUUGUGGAGUGUGCGUGUGUAUAUAGAUACAUGUGUGUGUGUGAAUGUGUAUGAAAAUAAUAAGACCUAAAGUGCCCUCCCCACAUCAUUAGUUUUUGCUGACCUGUAUUUCAGUGUUACCAAGAUUUUAAAGUGACCCACGUAUUGCUGUUGCAAAUGUUUCCAUGUUUGUCUAACUAUUGUGAUGACAUAAAUAAAAAAAGAAAUCAAAACACUAAAUGUUUUAUUA